GCUCAGUGCUCCUGGUGGAUGUGGUUUUUCCGGGAGAGACCACGCUUCCCCUCAGGCUCGCCAACGGCUCCGCCUUCCCGCCGGAGCCUAACCCUUCCCAGCGUGCUCGGCGAUUCCGGCGUGCGAGGCCCUCGGAGGGCAAGGCCCCAGGGCCUGGCUUAGGGGCGCGAAAGGCGGGCUGGGAAUUGUAGUUCAAGAGUCCGCAAGGUCGGCUAGAGGCGGUCGGUAGAAAGGACUCGUUGUCCCAGCGUGCCUUGCGCCUCAGCCCGCGCGCUCGAGCUUCUCGCUCUCGCUCGCCCGCCCGCUCCCUUGCUAGCUCGCGCUUUUGCUCGCGCUCUCCUCGCGGAUCGAAGGGGCUCUAGCCACAGCCUGCGGCUGGGAGGGGAGACAGAGGCGGCGGCUCAGGGGAAACGAGGCUGCAGUGGUGGUGGUGGGAAGAUGUCGGGCGAGGACGAGCAGCAGGAGCAAACUAUCGCCGAGGACCUGGUCGUGACCAAGUAUAAGAUGGGGGGCGACAUCGCCAACCGGGUACUUCGGUCUUUGGUGGAAGCAUCCUGCUCAGGUGUGUCGGUACUGAGCCUGUGUGAGAAAGGUGAUGCCAUGAUUAUGGAAGAGACAGGGAAAAUUUUCAAGAAAGAAAAAGAAAUGAAGAAAGGUAUUGCCUUUCCCACCAGCAUUUCAGUAAAUAAUUGUGUAUGUCACUUCUCCCCUUUGAAGAGCGACCAGGACUAUAUUCUCAAGGAAGGUGACUUGGUAAAAAUUGACCUUGGGGUCCAUGUGGAUGGCUUCAUCGCUAAUGUGGCUCACACUUUCGUGGUUGAUGUAGCUCAGGGGACCCAAGUAACAGGGCGGAAAGCAGAUGUCAUUAAGGCAGCUCACCUUUGUGCUGAAGCUGCCCUACGCCUGGUCAAACCUGGAAACCAGAACACACAAGUGACAGAAGCCUGGAACAAAGUUGCCCACUCGUUUAAUUGCACACCAAUAGAAGGUAUGUUGUCACAUCAAUUGAAGCAGCAUGUCAUCGAUGGAGAGAAAACCAUUAUCCAGAAUCCCACAGACCAGCAGAAGAAGGACCAUGAAAAAGCUGAAUUUGAGGUACAUGAAGUAUAUGCUGUGGAUGUUCUUGUCAGCUCAGGAGAGGGCAAGGCCAAGGAUGCAGGGCAGAGAACCACCAUUUACAAACGGGACCCUUCUAAACAGUAUGGCCUGAAAAUGAAAACUUCGCGUGCCUUCUUCAGUGAGGUUGAAAGGCGUUUUGAUGCCAUGCCAUUUACUUUAAGAGCAUUUGAAGAUGAGAAGAAGGCCCGGAUGGGUGUGGUGGAGUGCGCCAAACAUGAACUGCUGCAGCCAUUUAAUGUUCUCUAUGAGAAGGAGGGUGAAUUUGUUGCCCAGUUUAAAUUUACAGUCCUGCUCAUGCCCAAUGGCCCCAUGCGGAUAACCAGUGGUCCCUUUGAACCUGACCUCUACAAGUCUGAGAUGGAGGUCCAGGAUGCAGAGCUAAAGGCCCUCCUCCAGAGUUCUGCAAGUCGGAAAACCCAGAAAAAGAAAAAAAAGAAGGCCUCCAAGACUGCAGAGAAUGCCACCAGUGGGGAAACAUUAGAAGAGAAUGAAGCUGGGGACUGAGGUGGGUCCCAUCUCCCCAGCUUGCUGCUCCUGCCUCAUCCCCCUCCCACCACACCCCAGGCUCUGUGAAGUGCAGUUCGUCUUCUCCACCCAGGACCGCCAACAGAGCAGGGUCUCCCUGCCCCCAUCCCUGUCCCCACCCAACCCCUUCCAACAACAACCAGCUCCAACUGACUCUGGUCUUGGGAGGCCAGGCUUCCCAGCCACCGAAGACUACUUUAAAUAGAAAAGAGAAAUUGAAUAAUAAAAUCAGGAGUCAAAAUUCAUCGUCUUCAAGCCCCUCUUUCUAGCCUUUUUCUACUACUGUCUGCUUGGUCAAGGUUUAUGGCCCUAAAACAGAACAGGGAGAAGGCUAAAGUAGCCACUACCACUAAAAACUCAGCUGAAAUUUUUUUAUACCACUCUAGUGUCAGCGUUUUCCCAUCUGUUGGGGCUUGUUCCUCUCUUUUCCCACUCUCCCCAGGUAUUUUACCAGGUCUCAAAAUAGAGAGGAGCUAUAUUCUUCAGAUUGUUUUUAUUCACAUGUGGCAGAUUCCUUUUCUGAUCCAGACUGUCUGGUUAGGCCCCUCUCAUUUUUAGGAGCCGGAGCCUGCAUUUACCAAGGGAUUCUCAUCUGUCAAAUGGAUCCUCAUUUGUAAAUCUCUUUAGUCAUUUUUGUUCCACAGGACUUUUUUUUUUGUCUUCACAAAGCUGUAAAGGAGUAAUCCAUCUCAACCUUGUCUAUUUCUUUGGAGUCAGUCGGGGUGCGGGGGGGCGGUGCAUUCCCUUGUUCCAUCUUAGAAACCUGAGCUGGAAGCUCAACUGUGGUUUUGUUCCCUGUUUGAAAUAUUUUGACCUCCCUCCCUGAAAGAAAGACCAGGAACCAGAGGAGCAGACUGACUGAAGAGACAACUCCUGGCUUUUUGAAGCUGUGGACUUGGAUUGGAUGAAUUGCUAGGGGUUUGGAGAGAAAGGUGAUGAAUUUCAGUACCUCUGGCAUGCUGUCCCAGGGAACUAGGGCUCCCGCUAACUUAUGAGGUUUUUAAACAUGUUGAAAAUGACAUGGCGUUAAAAUAAAUUUGGAUUUGCUCAUAAUCA